AUGUCGUUUCACAAAAAGCACAAAUAUUCAUGGGAAAUCUUUCGUCUCAUCUCAAUCUUCUUCACCCUAAUGAUUAUUUUCCUUCUUGUGAAUCAAGCUCAACUCCAAAAAUGGUCACUUGUUUCCAUGAAUGACACAUUGGAUAUCAGUGAGGAGCUCUCUUUGCAAAUUUAUGACAUCGAAUGCUAUACACUCAAUGCGCUUUCUUUCCCAAGCUACAUCGCAAUCACGGUGGCGGCUUUUAACGCAGGCAAAAACGAUCGCCUCACCUUGCCGAUUCGAGUCUUGGCCGUUUUCGAGCACAUAUUCAAGUUUAUUUCGACUCUUUUAAUGAGUGGAGCACUUUUUGUGAAGAAAACACCGAUCAAG